UCUAUGUUGAAUCCAACAUGGCGACUAGAAAGACAGAGGAAAAUUAUAUCCACCAAUGUCAGGAAAAGUUGCCCUCAUUCAUGCAUAUGGAACAUUCAUACACUAGUACAUGUAACAGCAGAAAGAGAUGCAAAGGGACACUGAAGGGGAAGACCUACGGCCAAGCAUCAAAAAAAGCCCCAGUGGUACUGGAGGAAAUACACAAUCAUUUCCAUCCAUGUCAGGAAAAGAUGCCCUCGUUUAUGCAUGUCGAACAUUCCUACACGUCAAGUAACAGCAGAAAGAGAUGUAGAGGGACACCUACUGGAAAGACCCCCGUUCAAGCUUCCAAAAAAGCCCCAAUUGUAGGAUGAUUUGCUAUAUUAAUAUAUUUAAAUUUUAAAUACUGCAUGUAUAUACUUAGUUAUGUAUGAAUCAAUAUAUAUAUAAAUUUCAUGCACUUGUGAAAGAAAAGAAAAUAGGACAAACCCAAUUAGGAUUCUUAUCAGGGCAAUUUGAAUCUCUAGUCAGGUGUUCUUCUUUCUGCUAUCUUGCUACUUUCAGAUAAGAAAAGAAUAAACUGUGGUAUAAUGAUUUAAAGUAUUCACUUAGCCACAGAACGAAUAUCACAAUGUCCAUUAGGUUCUCUUUCAAAUAGUCUUCCAGAUGGAAUGAUAAAGAGAAAAAUUAUGUGGCCAGUUAUAUGCAGGAAAAAGUUCCUGAUUACCCUAUUUCCAAUGAAUAUUGGAAAAACUGUGCUCAAGAUAUGAAUGCAGACUUGGGCACAAACCGAACUGGUGAGGUUGUAAAAUAUAUGAAAGUACUGUGUUAAAAAUAUGAUUAAAAGGUUUCAAAAUAUAAGAGCUAAAGAAACAUUAACCAAACCCUGAUAAUGAAUAACAAUUUGUUGUAAGAGAUUCUUUAUUACAGUUAAAAUCUUAAGAUUUACAAAUGUAUUGUGAAAAAGGGCUACUGGAAAUUCAUAAGAGGCAGUUCCAGAAAUUGAUUCCCUACUGUUGCUCUCUUAAAGUUUUUUUUUAUUAACAUAUUCUUAUGAAUGCAAUUUAUAAUGACAGGUGCUUCCUGUAAAAGUUUUUACCGGAGAUUCAUUGCCUCGGACAGCUUACAUACCAGUAUAUCUGAAGUCGAGAAAGAAAUUUUGGCUAAACCA